AUGGCGUCGGGCCGGCUGCGCGCCACUGCGUUGGGUCACGGACCGGCCCCAUCUCGGGCACCGGGCGGGACUCUAUGCGUCCACCUUUCCCAGCUGGAUGGCGGUGCUGACCGAGAUCUUGCCGCACAGGGGCCUUGGCAUAAGGAACGGUACAGCUCUGGUGCUGUCUGCACCCCUUCCACCUUCGGAGUCUGCCGUCACAUGCUGUUGCGGGUCGGGCUCGCAAGCGUUCCAGUGGAGUUACGAAUGUGCCUAUGUCUUUUCGACCUGUCCGAGCUGCUGAAGAAGAAGACUUCCGAAAUGAUGACGACGGAGAUCACGGUGGACUUGGAGGUAGCCCCCCUCAUGACUGACGAGGCGGAGGUGGGAAUACCCAUCGUCGACGUGCAGAGCCUGCCCCCUGGCACGGACAUUGUGGUCAUGACCAGUGGGGCGGAGGCGGGGCUGACCCCUGGCGAUUUUGGGGAGCAGCUGAGCGGCCGCGGCGCUGCGCAGGUCAUGGGGAUUCCCUCCGUGCUACAGCUGCUAUCCCUCGCGGCGCCACGCUUCCCAUUCAAUUCGGACGCAGUGGGAUUCAUCCCACUGGGCGCUGAUACCAGAGCUGACACGGUGCUGCACGAACCUGGCGUGGAGAAGUUGGUGAUGAUUCUCGUCCUGGGGAGGGCGGUCCUGGAGCUUGUGCUCAUGUAUUUCGGGGUGGUGUUCAUGAGGAUUCUGAUCGUCGGGUAA